UUUUUUUUGUUUGGUUUUAGACUUCAUAAAAAGAAAACUUUUGCCGGUACAAGUACAAUGUCCACAGUGCAUUCCUGUGAAUUUGAAGUUUUUGGCAAGGUGCAGGGCGUCUAUUUUCGCCGUCAUGCUGAGAUUAAGGCCAAGACUCUGGGGCUACGUGGCUGGUGCAUGAACACGGCGGAUGGUACGGUAAAGGGCUAUAUCGAGGGUCCACGGAACGAGAUGAAUCUGAUGAAGGAGUGGCUCCGCAAUACCGGCAGUCCCACGAGUAACAUUGUCAAAGCCGAGUUUACUAGGGACGAGGAGAAGCGAGACUAUGGAUUCAAGAACUUUCAAAUAAGACCCGACGCGCCCAAAGAAAAGAAUCGCAAAAUGACAAACAGAGAAAGCAAUAUGACGAAAUAUGAGGAGGAGCAUGAUUCAUAGACCCUAAUACCCAAAAAAUGGCAUUUGUAUGACCAAGGAUAUUAAAUAUAAACGGAGUCUUAAAACUAA